ACCGGUAUCGACGGGCUUUCGGGCACACGCCACUGGCUCAAGCUUGCGUAUUUAUCCCUGAUUGACACCGAGGCCCAACAGGGAACUGUGCAUCCUCCUCAUCCUCAAGCUUAUGUAGCUAAGUCAGUUGAAUCUGAUUCUAUAGACAAAACUGCGACUGCUUCCAUAGAUGCAUCUAAUGCAACUACUUUUGUGGUAGAACCAUCUAUAACUUCAUCUGCUGUUCCUGGAUCCCAACUCAAACAAGAAUCAACACCACAGUCACUAUCCAUUCUUGCUUCCAAGAGCCUCCGUUCACAGUCUUAUCUUGCUCCCACUCCUGUCACAACUGGCUCCAUAGACAGUGCUCCGGAGCUGAAAACCGGGCCGUCGAAUACUAAUUUUCCAGUAUCUCACCAGGAUACGACACCGACACCAAACAAUAUUCUACGCGAGGCCUACCUGACGCUGUUAUACUGGCCAGAAGAGGAGAUAUUUCCCGAGCAUGGAGUUCUUUGA